UGCCAGCGGUUAUUGGCACUGAGCAGGUAUUUUAGUGUCAGAAAGCCGCUGGGACGAUCUCCCGGCGACCACAUCGCCGCGGCACACACGGAGGCAGCACGCGUGUCUCCCGCCGGAGUGAAGUAGUGGUGUGCGGCGCGGCAGGUUCAGUGGUGGGUGGCGCCUGCCUCCCUGGGUGCAGAGUGGAGGGGCUCGAGUUGAAGUUAUCUGAGGUGCAAGGAAGUGCUUUGUGGUACAACAAGUGGUGCAAUCAGCGACAGUCGUAUCUGGCAGCAUAUGGGCAUCGAGAAGUAAGUGGAAUCCCCCAAGGUCACGUGAGCUACAAUGGAGGGCAAAGGGCGGUGUGGUCAGUGCGGCGGCGAGGCCUCGUUGCGAUGCGGCGGCUGCAGCGCUGUGCACUACUGCAGCAAGGACCACCAGCGGCAGCACUGGUCGGCCCACAAGGCUCAGUGCUGGCCCUUCACGCUAACCACCGACCCUGGGACGGGCCGACAUCUGGUGGCCUCCCGGAGCCUGCAGGAGGGCCAGCUAGUGGUGCGAGAAGCCCCGGUGGUUCUGGGUCCCACGGCAGAUUCCUUUCCCAUCUGCCUGGGCUGCCACUGCCCCAUCAUGGAAGACGGCUUUCCCCGCUGCCCUCGCUGCUCCUGGCCGCUGUGUUCCCUCGAGUGUGCCGCCGCGCCGCUCCACCAAGCAGAGUGUGCCGUGCUGGCAACAGACACCAAGGGCGUGGCGGUGCCCCCCGGGUACAUUAAGACACCGCGCUACGACGUGAUCCUGGUGCUGCGAUGUUUGCUGCUGCAGGAGACGAAUCCCGAGGCCUGGAAGAAGGUGCGCGCCAUGGAGAGCCAUGCAGAGAAACGGCGGCAGGAGAACGAGCCUCACACGGAAAUCGCCGUCACCUACUUCACUAAGGUGCUGGACGGCGGCUGGGACGAGGAGACAGUGCGCCACGUGCACGGCGCCAUCAUCACCAAUGCCAUCAACACAUACGGUGCCCGCAGGGAGGCACUGCGCGGCCUCUAUACGACGCUCUACCUCAUGAACCACUCGUGCUGCCCCAACGUGACCAUCCGCUCAGAUCCAGACGGCACCGUGUAUGCGCGAGCCGCCGUGUCCAUCAAGAAGGGCGAACCGCUGCUGUUCAGCUACCUGCCACCCUCAGACCCGCUGUGGCGGCGGCAGGGUGAUCUCACCAGUCUUUACUACUUUCGGUGCAGUUGUGAACGGUGCACGGACCACACAGAGUUGGGCACUUACUUUUCCAGUCCGCUGUGUCCACAGUGUUCGGGUGGAUUCCUGGAGCCUUAUGAGGGAGGAGGACGCCCCUGGUCCUGCCCAGAGUGUGGUGAAGAGAAGCCCGAAGAGGAGGUGGUGCGCCAGGCUGAGGAAUACGUGCAGCGCAUCCAAAAGGAUAGCACGAACAUGGAGGCGGCACUGCAGAUGUUGACUGACGCCGCUAACACCUUCCACACCAAUCAUUUCGUGUGGCUGACGGCAGCACAGAUGGUGCUGCACCACCUGCAGGACACCACCACGCCGCGCACUCUCAGCGUUCGGAGGGACUUGUGGCAGCGAAUUAUAGGGUUGUACCAACGCCUGGAGCCCGGUGCUACCCGCAGGAAGGGUGUGUCGCUGUUCAACGCCGCCAUGGUGGAGAAGGAGGCGGCGGAGCUGCAGAUGGCUACCUUAGAGGAAAAGGUGCCCAGCAAGGCCUUGGAGCAGGGACUGAACCGCGCCGUCACCAUGCUGGACGCCUCCAUCAAGAUCCUGGAGCUCGAGCCGCCGGCGUCCACGGAACUGCGGUGGCUGGAGGCGGCGCGGAAGAUGCGAGAACACGUGUUUGACCUCAUAGCGACCAAUAGCGGAGAUGCAGUGAGCCAGUGACUGACACACCGCAACAUGACAGACCUCGUAGAUAUCUCAACCCGCGGCCCUCGGCAUCAUGGCCCCGGGGACACCUGAAAGCCCUAACCUACCUCGCCCUGAGCACGUGAUGAGGAAGGGCCACGCUCAACAUUAUAAUGCCGACGGUGGUGAAUGUGUGUGUGUGUGUGGGGGGGGGGGGUGUCAACACGAGGCAUAUUAGCCACUGUGUGCAGAAGGUAUUGUAUAAAAGAAUUUCUCACUC